CCGGGGCCCGAGCGGGAGUCGGGGGGAGUUGGUGUAGCACCGGGGCGGAAGAAGGCGGGCCCUGCCCUUCGCGUGUCAGCGCGGAGCGGCCGCGGGGCCUGGAGAUCGGUGCCAGCGGAACGCGGGAUCGGUGCUCUCAGCCCUUCCCCGCGGCAGCUCUGCGGGGACCGCUCCGUCCUCACCCCCUGCGGUCCUGUAACGGCGCUGCCCUGCGGAAUUGCGUCUGCUCGGCCGGGUACAGUGACUUGUCGGAGGGUUGGGAGCGGGACCGCAGAGCGAAGCCGCGGAGAUGGAUGAAGAACCCGAGCGGACCAAGCGCUGGGAAGGAGGCUACGAAAGAACAUGGGAAAUUCUCAAAGAAGAUGAGUCCGGAUCUCUGAAAGCGACCAUCGAGGACAUUCUUUUUAAGGCAAAGAGGAAAAGACUCUAUGAACACCAUGGACAAGUUCGACUUGGAAUGAUGCGUCACCUUUAUGUGGUUAUUGAUGGAUCAAGAACCAUGGAGGACCAAGAUUUAAAACCAAACAGACUUACUUGCACAUUAAAGUUAUUGGAAUAUUUUGUUGAAGAGUAUUUUGACCAAAAUCCUAUUAGUCAGAUUGGCUUAAUUGUAACCAAGAGUAAAAGAGCUGAAAAAAUGACAGAACUUUCAGGUAACUCAAAAAAACACAUAACUGCUCUGAAGAAAGCAGUGGACAUGAAUUGCAGUGGAGAGCCAUCACUAUACAAUUCCCUAAAUCUGGCCAUGCAGACAUUAAAGCACAUGCCAGGACAUACAAGCAGAGAGGUUUUGGUAGUCUUCAGCAGUCUGACAACAUGUGAUCCAGCCAACAUCUAUGAUCUAAUUAAGUGUUUAAAAGCAGUUAAGAUACGAGUGUCUGUCAUCGGCCUAAGUGCUGAAGUUCGAGUUUGUACAGUACUUGCCCGUGAAACUGGUGGAACAUACCACGUUAUUUUAGAUGAAAGUCACUAUAAGGAACUACUGAUGCAUCAUGUUAGUCCUCCACCUGCGAGUUCCAAUUCUGAGUGCUCCCUUAUUCGCAUGGGUUUUCCUCAACAUACAAUUGCUUCCCUAUCUGAUCAAGAUGCAAAGCCGUCCUUUAGCAUGGCGCAAUUGGAAAACAACAGUGAGCCGGGUCUUACACUGGGUGGCUAUUUCUGUCCCCAGUGCAGAGCCAAAUACUGUGAGCUUCCUGUGGAAUGCAAAAUCUGUGGUCUUACAUUAGUGUCUGCACCUCACUUGGCUCGGUCUUACCAUCACUUGUUUCCUUUGGAUGCCUUUCAGGAGGUUCCUCUGGAGGAGUAUCAGGGUGAACGGUGUUGUCAAGGCUGCCAGGGAGAAAUGAAAGAUCAAAACGUUUACAUAUGUAAAGUGUGCCAGAAUGCGUUUUGUGUAGAUUGCGAUUUGUUUGUUCAUGAUUCUCUGCACUGCUGUCCUGGAUGUAUACACGAGCACCCUGCUCCAUUCUCUGUGUGAGGUCAUCUCUUUAGAAACUACUGUAUCUAUGUUAUUCUUGCACAAAUCUAUUUUGUUUAUUCAGCCAUAGCUUUCAGUGAGGCACCUCAGAACAAGAAUGACCUUCGUGAUUGCAGAAGGAUGAACAAUGGCAUGGGAGCAAACUUUAAUUUUUACCUAAUGUAUUAAUGAUUUUGUUACUGUUAAUAUACUCCUGAACUAUCUGCAUCUGAUUUUUUCUUGUCUAAAAAACUCUGGCUCUUAAAAUGCUUCUGAAUUUUUUUGUGAGCAACAUGUAAAUUUGUAAAUUUGAAAGGAG